AUGGCUUCAGAAGAAAGCCCCCUACUGACGUCAAGCAGCGAUCGCCAUAAAACUGCGCACGACGUGGUUUAUGACCGUUUUACGCGAGGCCAGAAAAGGUGGAUUGUGUUCAUUGUCUCUUGUGCGGGUUUGUUACCAAAGUUCGUUGCAGCGUCAUUCGUACCCUCCAUUCCUCAGGUAGCUCAAGAAAUUCACUCCACACAUGCUGCUGUCAGUUUGUCGACCUUUGCGACUGCUAUCGGAACGCUGGUUUGGGCUGCGUAUUCGUCUUUCUAUGGACGCCGAACAAUGUAUUUGUGCGGGAUACCAUUUUUAUGCGUUGGUAGCUGCGGUGUCGCGAUGUCAAAUUCAUUGUGGAGUCUACUAUUCUGGCAGUUCGUUCAGACAUUCGGAUGCUCUGGAGGGCUGUCAUUGGGCGCUGGCGUAAUUGGUGACAUAUACAAAUUGGAGGAGCGCGGCAUUGGUAUUGGGAUAUUCUUAGGUGCCAUGCUUUUCGGGUUUGCUGUUGCUCCGUUCCUCGGAGGUAUGGCGGCGCAGUAUUGGUCCUGGCGCAAUUUGCACUAUUCUCUUGCUGCAUGGGGCUUGCUCGAACUGCUUCUAAUAUACGUUUCUAUUCCUGAGACGAGCCAUCCCGGCACAUUGGGCAUCGAUAAACUAAAGCGAAGGAGAUGGAUCCAUAUCACAUGGGUGAAUCCUCUGAGUUGUCUCUGGCUACUUCGGAGUCCGAACCUAUUCGCGGUUAUGCUUGCGUCGAGUCUAGCACUCAUCAGUGACUAUGUUCUCCUCGUACCGCUGGCGUACACUAUUGGUGUACGGUAUGGCAUCACGAACAAAGCCAUCAUUGGAGCGUGUUUCCUCCCUAAUGGACUCGGAAACUUCAUCGGGGCACCGCUUGCUGGCUGCUUAUCAGAUGUUGUAGUCAGGAAGUGGCAGAAGAAGCGCAAAGGAGUGUGGUCUCCAGAAGACCGAUUGAGAGCGACAUGGAUCGGAGGGAUGUUCAUGGUUCCAUUAUCUAUUGGAGUGUCGGGGCUGGUCACAGCGUAUGUUGACGGUCCGAUCGGUCUUUCGUUGAAUUUAUUGUGUCUUUUUGUCAAUGGAAUUGGGGUGGUCUUCGUGCUAAACCCAAUUGGUUCUUAUAAUGUAGAUGUGGUGCAUUCGCGAAGCGCAGAAAUCACAGCUGCUAACGUAGGUGUCAGGUCAUUCAUUCUAUCUAUUGCGACCGCUCUUGUUGUCCCAUCGAUCGAACACAUGGGUGUUGCGUCGACGGACGUUAUUGUAGCUGUUCUUGCACUUCUCGGACAAGGGAUUAUUUUCCUGACGAUUCGUUACGGAGAUCGUAUGAGAGCCAGCGUGGACGUUGGUUUCUCGACCAUAGAGAAUAAUUGA